AUGAUCGUCAAGCGCAGGACUUCUGGACACGUAGUUCUACCUGUCUUCUAUGAUGUGGAUCCGUCUAAAGUGAGGAAGCAAAUCGGCAGUUUCGAAGGAGCAUUUACAAGGCAUGAAGAGAAACUCAAAUCAGAAACAGGUGGACUGGCGAAAGAGAAAUUGAAGGAUAAGCUAGGAACAUGGAGGGCUGCGCUUAGAGAAGUUGCAGAUUUGGCCGGGAUGAAUUUACAAAAUCAAACACGAGCAAAACAUCAAGAAAAUUAUAAAAGUGGUUGGAGACAAGCUAAGUUGCACAUCAUUGAACAUCAUCCCCAACUUGGUCGGAAUGCAUUCCCGAGUAAAAAAAUUCAGAUUUGGUUAGAAGAUGGGCUAAGUAAUGUUGGCAUAGUUGCAGUUUGUGGAAUGGGUGGAAUAGGCAAGACAACCACUGCAACAUUUCUGUACAAUUUGAACUUCCCUAGAUUUGAAGGAGCUGCUAUGAUUAAAGAUGCUUUAUGUCGCAAAAAAGUUUUUGUAGUUCUUGAUGAUGUGGAUAAACUUGACCAAUUAGAUGCACUACUUGGAGUGCGAGGUUGGCUUUUUUCAGGAAGUAAAAUCAUCAUAACUACUAGGCAUGAGCGGUUGCUAGGGGCUUAUGAAUUUUAUAAGGUGCAUAGGCUUGAAAAUCUGAGUGAGGAGGAAUCCCUAGAGCUCUUUAGCUGGCAUGCCUUUGGGAAAUGUUGUCCAAACAAUGGGUAUGGAGAAGUGUCAAAAAGGGCAGUAAGCUACUGUGGAGGGCUUCCUUUAGCAAUUAAAGUUCUAGGUCUUUCUCUCGAUAAGGAUUCUACAGUGACAAUCUUAGACAGAUGUGAAUUUUACACAGUGGUUAGGAUUCAAAACCUUGUGGAUAGAUGUCUGAUAUCGAUUGGUAGAGGAAAUACGUUGGUAAUGCAUCAUUUGCUUCAAGAAAUGGGAAGAGAAAUUGUUCAUCAAGUAUCACCAAAGGAGCCAGGCAAACGUAGCAUCCUCUGGAAUUCUAACGACGCAUUAAGGGUUUUGAGAGAAGACACUAUAAGAAUUAUACUUUGCUCUUUAUGUAUAUUUGGCACAAGCGAAAUAGAAGGCCUCAAAUUCGAUAUAUGUCUGUUGAAACAAGAUGCAUAUGCUAGUACGGACUUUGGUGACAAUAGAAGAAGUCGCCUUGAAGAGUUCCUUAAGAAGCGCUUAUUGUCAAAUUUGGGCGUUUCGUAUAAAAGAUAUGGUUUCAGUAUCUUCUCCUCUCACCUCAAUCCCACUGAUCCAGAAAAUUCAAAUCAAGUAGCUUUGGAAGCUGAUGCAUUUGCACGGAUGCGCAAACUAAAACUUUUGCAGUUGAAUCAUAUAGAUAUUAGUGGGCCCUAUAAAAAGUUUCCCAAGGAAUUAAGAUGGUUGUGCUGGCAUGGAUUCCCACUUAAGUCCAUACCUUGUGAUUUCCCUUUGGAGAGUUUGGUUGCUCUUGACAUGCAAUAUGGCCGCUUAAAAAAUGUAUGGGAAGGAACCAAGAUUUGGGAGACUGCAAAAGUUAAGAGGAAUCUUCGGAGUAGCAUUUGUAUGCUAAAACAUUUGGAAAUGCUUGUCAUCUCUGGUUGCUCAAAUCUCGAUGGAUUGCCAACAAAUUAA